UUAAGGAAGAGGAAGAAGAAGAAAAAUCAGAAGCAGGAAAAAAAGAACAAACAAUAGAUUAAGCGUCUUAAGUUAACUGGUGCUAGCGGGGACGCUGAGAGGAUUGCGUGGAUAAAACCUCUGUCAUCCACGGACAGGGAACUGUUCUCGAAGAGACGGAGAUCCGCCAUAAGCAGCAGGCCGUGACAGGGGGGUUCAGGCUCUGUGUGAGACUAUGUUUUCCAGCUUUUCUUCCUGUUAGAACUCCAUUAUUCCAAAUAUCACGGACAUGUUUCUUUUUUUGGACCAAGGAAACUUUCAGCCUGUCAGAUCAGAUGUCUUCAAGAAGGAAACCUGUGAAUGUGGCAGCGUUACUGAUGAUUCUGAUGUCAGUCUUCAGUGGUCUUAGCCUCUCAUGCCAUCAAGCAGAGUAUCAGAUAGGAAAUGAAUGCUGUCCAAAGUGUCUUGCAGGGAGUAGAGUAAAAACACACUGUAAUGAAUAUAGAAGUACAUCCUGUCUGCCCUGCAUGGAGGGAACCUACACUGAUAAACCUAAUGGACUGGAGCGAUGUACUUCAUGUACAAACUGUGACUCAGGUUUUGGUCUGAGGGUAAAGACACCAUGUAAAGCAACAUCAGAUACAGUCUGUGAACCACUGGAGGGAUUCUACUGUGCUUCCUAUGUGGGAGAUAGCUGUGAGGAAUCACGUGAACACAGAAGCUGUAAACCAGGACAGUACAUCAGUCAGAAGGGAACAGCCUCCACAGACACUGAGUGCUCUUACUGCAGCAUUGGAACAUUUUCAAAUGGAACAUUUUACUCCUGUCAGCCACAUACACAAUGUCACUCACUGAUAGCAGCAGGAACAGCUGAGGCUGACGCUCAGUGUGGAGAAACAAGUGAUCAUGUGACCCUGACUGUUAUCCUUGUAUUUGUUUUCAUUAUUGCAGUAGUAUUAGGAGUAUUGUGCUACAAAAAACGAGGUUUUCUAAAUUUAUGGUCACAGACCAACAACACUCCCACAGAAACUUCAUUUCCACAGCAGGCAACAGACCGUUCACCUUCACUGCUUGCUCCAACUGAGCCUCCUGUUGAAGCUUUGCGUGAGCCUCCUAUGGCCCUGAAGUCCAACUCCCAGAAUUCCCUCCCUACGAGAGGGCGUACCAGAGGUGACGGGAGUGAACGGGAAGCAGAACUGAAGCUGGUUUUGGUUAAUGACACACACAAAGAGACAGACAGAGAACAAGGUGUAACAUGAUGACAACUAGAAGUGUGGACCACGCAGGUGAC